AUGGUAGAGAUGGACCCCACGCACUGUCAAACCGCCCACCAAGUCCGCCUCCUCGGCCGGCACAACCACAUAACCAACACCUCGGGCUUAGCCCCAGGGUACCUCCAAGCCAAUCUUCUCAUUCUUCCCUCGAAGCACGCCCAGGAUUUCCACAACCUGUGUCUCCGCAACCCGGUCUCCUGCCCCUUACUGGGGCUCACCCACAAGGGCAACCCCCACACUGUUUACCCGUCAUCCUGCAUCAAAGACAACGAUUUCGACCUCCGAACGGACUGUCCCAAAUACCGCGUGUAUAAAGAUGGCAAGUAUAUUGAGAGUCGUACCGAUCUCCUCAACCUCUGGACAGACGACUACGUCGGUUUCCUAAUCGGGUGCUCUUUUUCCUUUGAAGAUGCCCUGUCUGACGUGGGUCUGAAACCGAGACACCAAGCCACGGGAACCAUUGUUGCCAUGUAUAAAACGCGGAUUCCAUUGUUAGCAUCGGGAAUCUUCAAGAACGGGACUUGCAUUGUCUCAAUGAGGCCAUAUCGGGUGGAAGAUGUAGAGAGGGUUAGGGAGAUCACCAGACCCUUCCUGGCCACACACGGGGAGCCGGUUGACUGGGGAUGGGAUGCCCUUGAACGGUUGGGUAUUAGCGAUAUUGAGAAGCCGGACUUUGGAGAGAGGCAGGCUUUUGAGGAUGGGGAGGUUCCAGUCUUUUGGGCGUGUGGUGUCACACCGCAAAUGGCCGUGGAGUCGGCAGGAGACCGGAUCGAAGGGCUGGUAUUCGCGCAUGAGCCAGCCCAUAUGUUGGUUACGGACUUUACCGUCAAAGACUUAGAAAGAUUGGGAAAGCCCCUUUAUAACUAA